UCCUCCUCGAUCCCCUCUCCCAUGGAGCAGAGUCAGCAGCGGCAAAGGAGCGUCCUCGUGACGGGAGGCGCUGGCUUCAUCGGGACGCACACCGUGCUCCAGCUCCUCAAGGAGGGUUUCCUCGUCACGAUCAUCGACAACCUCGACAACUCUGUGCCUGAUGCCGUCGACCGCGUCCGCCUCCUCGCGGGCCCCAAGCUCUCCCAGAACCUCCGCUUCUUCAUCGGAGAUCUGAGGAACAACGAAGACCUGGAGAAAGUUUUCUCCGACACCAAAUACGAUGCGGUGAUCCAUUUUGCUGGGUUAAAGGCUGUUGGUGAGAGUGUGGCAAAGCCUAGCCUUUAUUACAACAACAAUUUGAUCGGCACAAUAAAUUUGUAUGAGCACAUGGCGAAGUAUGGUUGUAAAAAGGUGGUAUUUUCAUCGUCAGCUACUGUCUAUGGUCAACCCGAAAAAAUACCAUGCGUUGAGGAUUUUGAACCGAGAGCAAUGAAUCCAUAUGGUAGGACUAAGCUUUUUCUUGAAGAGAUAGCUCGUGAUAUUGAAAAGGCUGACCCAGAGUGGAGAAUCAUACUGUUGAGAUAUUUCAACCCUGUUGGUGCUCAUGAGAGUGGCCAAAUUGGUGAAGAUCCCAUUGGUAUACCAAAUAAUCUAAUGCCUUACAUCCAGCAAGUUGCUGUAGGAAGGUUGCCUGAACUAAAUGUAUAUGGUUACGAUUAUCCAACGAAAGACGGCAGUGCAAUUCGUGAUUACAUUCACGUCAUGGAUUUAGCUGACGGUCAUAUAGCGGCUCUUCAGAAGCUUUUUGCCACAGAGGAUGUUGGCUGUGUUGCUUACAACCUGGGAACCGGAUAUGGCACAUCUGUUCUUGAAAUGGUUGCAGCAUUUGAAAAGGCAUCCGGAAAGAAAAUACCUGUAAAGUUAUGCCCUCGGAGAUCAGGUGAUGCGACUGCUGUCUUCGCAUCGACAGAGCGAGCGAAAAAAGAACUAGGUUGGAGUGCCAAGUAUGGCGUAGAAGAAAUGUGCAGAGAUCAAUGGAAAUGGGCGAGCAAUAAUCCUUAUGGUUAUCGACCACCCCAAUCUUGAAUUCUGAGACAUCUGAAACUGUUAAUUAGUAACUGUCAAGCUUUGGUGCGCUUAUUUUUGUCUUUAGAGCCAUUUGAGAUGUUUAGUGCUAAUAAUUCAGGUGUUAUCAGCUAAUAAAAAUGUGCACCGAUAAUGUAAAAUGUUCUCCAUUGUUAACGCAACUCAUUCUCAGUUAUACAAUAUGGACGAAUCAUUACUUCCGAUU